UCUCUCCCCUCCCCCUCCCCCUCUCUCUUUCUCUUUCAAACCUCUUAUACCUCUCUCUCUCUCUCUCUCUCUCUCUCUCUCUCUCUCUCUCUCUCUCCAAGAAAAAGAAAUGGAUAAAAGUCCAUGCAACUCUCAGGAUGUUGAAGUGAGAAAAGGGCCAUGGACCUUGGAAGAAGACUUGAUCUUAACCAACUACAUCGCGAACCAUGGUGAAGGUGUAUGGAACUCGCUUGCAAAAGCUGCAGGUCUGAAACGUACCGGAAAGAGUUGUAGGCUCCGUUGGCUCAACUACUUGCGGCCUGACCUUCGAAGAGGGAAUAUUACUCCUGAAGAACAGCUCUUGAUCAUGGAACUGCAUGCUAAGUUGGGAAACAGGUUCAAGAAAUAUAUACAUAUAUAUGUGUGGUCGAAAAUUGCAAAGCAUCUUCCAGGGAGGACCGACAACGAGAUAAAGAAUUACUGGAGAACUAGAAUCAAGAAGCAUACUAAGCAAACUGAACCAUUUGCGGCGGGGAGUUCUGAGACUAAUGAACAUGGGAGCAGUACUUGCCAAGUUUCCAGCGCAACCGACCAAAUGGAGACCUAUUGUCCACCAUUCUAUCAAGGAGACGUAGGGGCCUUUUCUGGUGGGAAUAUACCUCAAGAACUGAACGAAAACUAUUGGAGCAUGGAGGAUCUCUGGUCCAUGCAACUGCUUAAUGGCGAUUAAAUAUAUGUAAACAUCUCGGGUUGAUCCUAUUUUGGAUCAAUAUUUAGGUUUGUCUAUAGCUACCUCUCCGUAGUAUUCUCUAUACGCUAAAACUCAUUAUGCAUUUACGCACGGUUUGUAAUAUAUAUACACAUAUAUAUAGUAUGCUAUAAAUACUUUGCAUUCGUUUAUAUA